AGGUGGUUGUUUAAGUCCGUGAACGCAGCGCAGCUCGCUCAGCGUGUCGCUCCAGCUGCAGGAGAGCCAAGCAAACAGCGUCACGCGCGUUUCGGCACUGUGACUCUGAGAAAAGAAUGAGGGACAUAACGCACAGCAUCCUGGGAUUAUUAGUUCAAAGUAUCAGGAUGUGUUUUUGAAGCAUCCUCGCGCGCCCAGGUGAGACAGCACGGCAUGAUGGACUUUUGAAGAGAGACGCACUUUUGUGGGAACUUCUUGAUGAGACGCAAUAUUGGAUUUUUCAAACUGAAACCAAACAACUAAAAGAAAGAAAACAUCACAAAGUUGAAGUGAGAAAAUUACUGAAGGGAUGUUUGCCACGGCUGUCCUCGCCACUGCGCUCUGCGUUUUUGCGCACUUGGAGACUUUUACGCGCGGCUGCCAGCUGCCAUCCGAGUGGCGGCCGCUGAGCGAGGGCUGCCGGGCGGAGCUGGCGGAGAUCAUCGUGUACGCUCGGGUCUUGGCGAUCCACCGGGAGCCCCUGGGGAUCGGAACCAGCAGCCUGUUCAACUCGCUGCCCUUUGGGUUCGCGUAUGGAUACGAGGGCGCGGAGGACGGACUGCUGUACUCGGCGGAGGUGGAGCUGCUGUGCGACCAAGCAUGGGGCAGCAUGCUAGAGGUGCCCUCUGGAUCCAGGCUGAACCUGACCGGGCUGGGCUACCUGUCCUGCCAGUCCCACACGGUCAUGGAAAAUGACUCCUACUUCUUUUUCCUCAGGAUGGAUGAGAACUACAGCAUCCUUCCUCAUGGCGUCAACUUCCAAGAUGCUAUUUUCCCUGACACAGCAGAGAACCGGCGCACUUUUUCCAGCCUCUUCCAGUUUGCAAACUGCUCAGAAGGGGGGCAGCUGUUGCACUCCUUCAGUCCCGAGUGGGACAUCCAGGAGGACAGCAGGCUGCUGUGCUCCUCGGUCCAGGUGGCGCUGUUCGAGGAGGAGGAGCGCAGCCAGAAGCUGCAGGAGCGCCUGGCUGCGCUGGAGAAGCGGAACCGGCAGCUGAAGGAGCGCGUCCGGAAGCUGAAGCGUUCCCUGAGGAACGCCCGCAAAGCUGCGCGGAAAGCGGAGCAGGAGGCCCAGGAGCUGCAAGGGAAACUGAACGGCGUGGACAGAAGGGCGGGGCGCUACCUCAACGCCAUCACGCGGGAGGAGCCCGCCAACGGCGCCUUCACUAGUGCAGCGAUACAGCAGAGGGCGCAGCUUUGAACCAGCACACAAUCCACGUCCACCCAGACUGAUAUGUGGAACUACAGUCAACACAUUCAUCAGAUUUCUCAAAUAAAUCUUUUUAAAUAAAAAAAACACAUUUUUUUUCAUAACCUCAACUUUCCGGAAUGACAGCAAACAGAUUUGAUGAAAGUUUCGUAAAUCAAAUAGACACAAACCUGUGCAGUUGUGUUUUUGAUGGACUCUGAAAGAGCUCUCAACUUUUUUAAUAAUAAUACCAUAAUCCAGAAUUUUGGACCUUGAAUCUUAUUUGCUGGGUGAAAAACACAAAAGCCUCUGAAGGCAUCAGGUGUUUGCAGGGACUUCCUGCUUCACACAACCGUCAAUGAGACGCUGUUUGCUUCAAGUUCUUUGUUUUCAUGUUCCUCCUCGAGGUUUAAAUCCAGACUUUAACAAUUCUGACUCUGAACUUGCACAGCAAAGUAACCCAAAUGACUUUAAAGUCAUUUGGGUUACUUUGCUGUGCAAGUUCAGAGUCAGAAUUGUGUCUAAAACACAGAGAUCAAUGGACUCGUCCUUUGUGUUUUAGACACAUUAGCGCCCCUACUAGCUUGAGGUGCUUGCAAGUGAACCCUGGUGCGAGUCACUGAAGUGUGAACGCAGAUGAACUCCUUUGGAGGAUCGAGUAAAAUGAUGUUGUUGUUGUUCAGCUUCUGGCACAUCCCAUGAGGGGUCGCCACCGCGAUUCAGUGAAAGCUGAUUUGGCAGGGAUUGUUUUUUUUUUUACACCAGAUGCUCUUCCUGUAUUUUAUCCGGGCUGGGGACCGGCACAGGGAGGCCCCUUAUGCCUACAUAGUUAGGCAGAAGCGUCUUGACCCAGGAGCGACACUGGAUGAAGCUCUUGAGGAAUUUCAUGUAAGUUUCUUUAAAUAUUGAAAACAAUCCGAAACAAGCACCAGUGUCACGCCAUCGUAGUGAAGAGUAGAUGCUAGUCUGAAGUUAAAACAAAGAGAAAAAAAAUAAAAGAAAUCUAUACAAAUUUAAACUCUGUGAGGUUUUCUCUUUCUGAACGUAGUCUGCAUUUUCCGGGCUUGGGACGGGCAUAA